AUGGAUGGGACCAAUGAUAGUGCCCAGGGAAAUUUCAUCCUUUUGGGAUUUUCUGACCACCCCCAUUUGGAGAAGAUCCUCUUUGUGGUCAUCUUGAUUGCAUAUCUCCUGACCAUUGUGGGCAACACCACCAUUAUUCUGGUGUCCCGGCUGGACUCCCACCUCCACACCCCCAUGUACUUCUUCCUCACCCACCUCUCCUUCCUGGACCUCAGUUUCACCACCAGCUCCAUCCCCCAGCUACUCUAUAAUCUCAGUGGGCAUGACAAGACCAUCAGCUACAUAGGCUGUGCCAUCCAGCUAUUUCUCUUCCUGGGUCUGGGUGGCGUAGAGUGUUUGCUCCUGGCCGUCAUGGCGUAUGACCGGUUUGUUGCAGUCUGCAAUCCCCUGCACUACAUGGCAAUUAUGAAACCUCGCCUCUGCAUGGGCUUAGUGUCGCUGGCCUGGGGCUGUGGUGUGGCCAACUCCCUGGCCAUGUCCCCAGUCACCCUGCACUUACCACGCUGUGGGCACCGCAGCGUGGACCACUUCUUGUGUGAGAUGCCUGCUCUGAUCCGGAUGGCCUGUGUCAAUACAGCUGCGAUUGAGGGCACUGUCUUUGUUCUGGCAGUGGGCAUUGUGCUGUCACCCCUGGUGUUUAUCCUGGUCUCCUAUGGCUAUAUCGUAAGGGCUGUGUUACAAAUAAGGUCAGCAUCUGGGAGGAAAAAGGCCUUUAACACCUGCGGCUCCCAUCUCACAGUGGUCUCACUGUUCUAUGGAAACAUCAUCUAUAUGUACAUGCAGCCGGGGCACAACUCUUCCCAGAACCAGGGCAAGUUCCUCACCCUCCUCUACAACAUUGUCACCCCGCUCCUGAACCCCCUGAUCUACACCCUCCGAAACAGAGAGGUGAAGGGGGCACUGAGGAGGCUGCUGCUAGGUGAUAGAGAGGUGGAAAAGGAGUAA